AUGACGAUGCCGUACGCUUCGAAGCCACCGGGUCGCAGCACCAGUCCGACGUCUCAGCGUGUCAACGUGACUAUGCCUAUCCGACCGCUCGUCCAUGUCGCCAAUCUGCCGGCGACCACAACGGAGCGCGAUCUGCGCGAGACCUUUGGAUCCUUGGGUCAGAUUCAGUCAGUCAAAGUGGUGACCAGUCGCUCCUCAGGCGGACUUGUGUACGGCUUUGUCGAGUACGUCGACGUGGCAUCUGCAGAGCGGUCAAUCCGCACCAUGGAUGGCUGGCUAUGGUUUGGUACACCGAUCAAGGUGUGUUGGGCAAGACACAGCAUGCAUCCCGAGGCAAAGAUCGACACUCCAGACGUCGACCGUCCCAACGUGAUGCGUAGCAACCCAGGUGCCAAGUCGCAUCUCUUCGUCGGCGAUCUUUCGCCAGAGGUAGACGAUGGGGUGUUGCAGUCGAUCUUUUCCAGGUUCCCGUCCCUAGCGGACGUGAGAGUCAUGUACGAUCCAGAGACGGGCAAGUCUCGCGGGUUCGGCUUCAUCAGCUUUCGCAGCAAGCACGAGGCCGAAGAAUGCAUCGCAGUCAUGCAAGGACAGUGGCUUGGCGGUCGACAGAUCCGGGUCAAUUGGGCUAGUCAGAAGAAUCCGAACCAAGCCUCAUCGUUGGUCCCUCCCGACUUUAUUUCAGCGUACACGGCGCAAGAGCCAGCACCUCCGUCUCAGCAACGUACCAACAGCUUUCCACCAAGAGCACCACCAUCUCCCGGCCUUGCACCUCCUGGCCAUCACCACGAUCCACUUUCGCAAGUCCUCCUCCCGCGUCGCCAUACCACCCUCGCAUCCCGACCGCAAUUUGCGCCGCUCCAAAUCAAUCCCGGCUCGACCGCCAAGUACGACUACGAGCAGAUCCUCGCCGAAGCGCCUGCUUCGCAAACCAGCGUCUACGUCGGCAACGUAUCUCCGCUCACGUCGCAGCAAGACCUGGUGCGCAUCUUUGCGCCCUUUAACCACGGACAACCGCUCGAAGCCCGCAUCCCGCCCGGUCGCGGCUAUGGCUUUGUGACCCUUGCCAGCCACGCCCAAGCUGCCAGUGCGAUUUGCACACUCAGCAUCCAGGGCGUCUUCAUGCAUAGUCGGUGGCUCCGCUUCGGCUGGCAAAAGGAUCGCAAUGUUCCAACCAACAUGCUCCAGCAUCGUUCGGAGAGCGCACCCGAACACAUGUUGUAUACGCAAAAACAGUACAAGCCACAGCAGCAGCAAGGGUAUGCGCCAGAUCAGCAGCAGAGGAAGAAGAAACAAUCCCCCUCAUCGUCCUCAUCCAACGAGUUCCAGCCUUUUUAG